AUGUAUGAUCGAACCACAGACCCCGAUGCCCACAUCAAGGCUUUCACCAACGCCAUGGCCUUCCGAACCGGUUACGAUGUGAUAUGGUGUCGAGCGUUUUCCUUAUCCCUCGAAGGAGAAGCAUUAGAGUGGUUUAACUCCUUCCCAAACAAUUCCAUUGAAAACUUUGAGGGCAUAGGAUGUAAGUUUAAGAAGCAGUUCGCCGCUUGCAAUACUCAGGACAUCACGGUCGUAGACCUAAUGAAUCUCAAACAGGAGAAAGAGGAGUCCUUGAAAGCAUUUAUGGAUAGAUAUCAAAAAACCAUCCGCUGGGUGAAAGGGCUAACUCUAGAACUGGCUUUGCAGUAUGUUCUUCCAGCCCUAAGACCAAGGUCCUUCAAAGACAACAUUCGUAGGUGUCCACCAAAAACGAUGGAAGAACUCCGCGAAAGGGUGGUAGACGAGAUAAGGGUGGAGAACAUGAAGCAAGGGGACAAAAAAGCAGCCUCGAAAGCCAAAGGGGAAAAGGGUGAUGGGCGGAAGUAUGAGAACCAAACGGGAAGGCUCAAGACCGUAGGGACGAGGGAAAUGCCCAGGCCUCCCCGUUUCCAACAAUAUACUCCUCUUAACGCCCCUCGGGAAAAAAAUUUUCAAGAAGCGCUCAAUGCCGAGCUGAUACCUCCGCCCAAACGUUGCCCCACACCGCAUGGAGCGGACCUGAACAAACAUUGCCUAUACCACAAGAACAUGGGCCAUUCGACAGAAGAGUGCGUCACAUUUAGAGACAAGAUCGAAGAAUUAAUCUGA